AUGGGUUGUGUGAAUUCGAAGCAGCACAACAUGCGAUGCAAGCACUGCCAAGCUCCGUAUUCCCGUGUCCAGAAGCUAUUCGAUGCACGUAAUCCACCCUCCCCAGCACAAAUCCGACAGCUACCAUCUGGUAGCCCUCACUUCCUCCACUCUCGGCUCUCUGAAGCUCGAGUCGGUGAAAGACGGAGGGUUCGAUUCUCCCAAUGGCACCACCACAGCCACCGGCAUCAACAAUGGAGAUUGGUUGUCGGAGAUGAAGAAGAGCAGAGAAGAGUUCGCAAUGGGGUUAAGCGAAGCCAAGACCUGGUCCAAAAUGAUCGAGGAGAAGAUCCCACGAUUCCCCAAUCAUCAUCCCAAAACCCCGAUCAUGACUCCACCGGGAGAGUUAGAGACGAUCAAGACCUGUGA